UUCAAACAGAUCUUAGAGUUUGCAUUUCUCAGGACCCCAUCUCUAUCAUGUGUGUGGUCUACACUCACCCCUCCAUUCUCAUUCAUUAAUAACAACCUCACAAAAACAAAAGCACACACACACACCUAUGCUCGCUCGAUCAUCGAAUGAAAAAACCAACCAAAAACCCUUUCUUUCACUUUGGUUGUCUCUUCUACACCACUUUCCCUUCACCUUCCGUUCUCCACUCACUACUACUAACAUAAAUUAAAAACACGCCAUGAACAACAACCCAACAACAAUCAUCGGUUCCACUACCCACGGAUCAGAAGAAGAAGAUGAACACAUCACUGAAAUAAGGGAAAUCCACGCGUUAACCCCGCCGCCGCCACGUGGCAGAGCCUGGGAGACAGUGCAUACCCACAGGUCAAGCUCUCUCUCCGUAGCUUCUGAAGGCGGCGCCUCUUCCAGCGAGAACUUCAGCAUGAGCAGAGAGUUCAGCGCUCUGGUUCUCGCAGGGUCCAGCAUCGACCACGACAACAGCAACAACAACAACAGCAACAGUCCCAUGAACGAAAACAACAAUAGUAACAGCUUGUUGGGGAGGAUCAGAGAAGAGGACUUGAUGGAAGAGACGAACCCUUUGGCGAUCGUGCCGGAUAACCACCCUCUGGACCCGGUUCCGUCGUCGUCGUCUCAGGGAGUAAGGGGUGGCGGCGCUGCACGUGAGGAGCACGUGUCGGUUCAGCGGGUGAAGAAGGAGGAGGUUGAUGCCAAGAUAUCGGCGUGGCAGAACGCUAAGGUUGCGAAGAUUAACAACAGAUUCAAGAGAGAAGACGCUGUGAUCAAUGGGUGGGAGAGCGAGCAGGUUCAGAAAGCUUCCUCCUGGAUGAAGAAAGUUGAGAGGAAGCUGGAGGAGAAAAGGGCAAGAGCAAUGGAGAAAAUGCAAAACGACAUAGCAAAAGCUCAUAGAAAAGCAGAGGAGAGAAGGGCAUCGGCAGAGGCAAAAAGGGGAACCAAAGUGGCAAGGGUUUUGGAGAUUGCUAGUCUCAUGAGAGCAGUUGGAAGACCUCCUGCCAAAAAAUCCUUCUUCUAAUAAGCUGUUCAAUAUUUCAUAUUUUCAACUUUUGAAACACAUUUUUAGACAAAAAGGAAAAAAAAUAAAAUAAAAGCAAAAACAGAAUGAGAGAAUAUUAUUUAUGGGCAUAAGAUAUGCCAUAGUCUAUAUAACAGGCCCUUUUCUUUUUUUAAGUAGCUAAAGGGUGCAAGAUGGAUUGCAGUAAGCAGCACUAUGAUGAAAAAAAAAAAAUUGAAGAUGAGGCAUAUGUGUCAUAUUAUGUGAGGGACCAAUUGGAGUGUUUUUAAGUGAUUGGAGUGUUUGAAUGAAUGUGAUAAGUGGUGUCACGCUUAUUUGACUGUGCUGGUUGAUAAACACUAUUUGUGUUUUUUUUUUUUGUACAUUAAUAUAUUGCUUCUUUGAAUUA